AUGUCUGCGAUUCCUCUUAUGCUUGAAUUAAUUUCUGUUUUUAUUUUAACAUUAUUUUUAUUAAAUAAAUAUGGAAAUUGGAAAAAGCAGCAUUUUUUUGUGACUUUAUCAACAUUUAUUGGAUGGUUCUUCUCAUUUUUAAUUAUUUUUGUGCUGCCUGUUGACAUUGCUAUUACAUUUUACAAUCGCUGCAUUCUUGAAGAAGAACGGCCAGCAAAUAUCGAAGGAAGGAAUAUCACUUUAGAUUGCCAGAAACCUGGUGGUUACGUGCCAAACCAUAUAUUACUUAAUAUGAUUGUUUUACCAUUAAUGCAAAGUUACUCAAAUGCCGGUGAUUUUACAUCAUUUGGGAAACUGCGAUCAGCAGCUUACAGCAAUAUAAUUUAUUAUGGGACAUACACUGUUGUUUUUCUUUUUUUAGUAAUAUAUGCUGUUCUAAAGGGGAUUGCUUUAAAUGCUGAACAUCUAAAAGUUAUUUUAAUUUCUGCUUCGAAUACAUGGGGCUUAUUAUUAUUGGUGAUUCUUCUUGGAUUUGGUCUUAUUGAGGUACCUCGUCAACUUUGGCAAAUGGGUAGUAAAGGUUAUAGAUUAAAUAAAACUUAUUUCGAUAUAGACAAACUAUCCACGGAUAAAAGUGAUGCCGACGAUACUUUGAAAGAAGUCUAUAGAGAGGCCCGCAGUGUACUAAGUGUAUUGCAACAUAAACACGGGUUACGUGAAUAUGCUCAAAUAAUAGUCGCUAAAUUUCCUCCAGAACUGGUUGCUUUAUUAGCUGCUCCAACCAUGGGUAGUUUUUCUGCUGCGUCUUGUAUAAUUCCGAAUGAAGAAAAUCUAGUUCGCAAUGACAAAUAUCUGAUUCGUUUACAUAAACGUGCAAUAACUGCUAUCCAAAAUCAUUAUCGAAUUCAAGCACAGUGGAAUGAUCUAAUUGAGCGUGCAUUGUAUUUAGAAGACGUUUAUCAAGCUGAAAUUACUGGGAUUUUCAUCAGGCAUUCUUCAUAUACAAGUGAAUACUUUAUGUGCCCACAACAGUUGGAAUAUCUUUGGCACGUCAGAUUGAAACAUCCUUUUCUUCAAGCAUUGGGAGUUUUCUUUUUCGUAAUGACAGUUUUUAUCAUGUGGAGUGAAUGCACUUUUUUCAUUAUUCAUCCAAGACUUUCGUUGGCUGCGAGAGUCGUUCAUUCGGCUGCGCUUGGCUACCAUUAUUUUUAUAUACAAUUUUAUGCAUUCCUAACUAUUUCUUAUCUCUGUAUUUGCGCUUAUUAUACAGUUUUCAAAUUACGUAUUUAUCGUUAUUAUCAUUUGGAUCCACAUCACAUGACUGAUGAAAAUAGCCUUUUAUUCAGCGCUAUUUUAUUAUGUCGAUUAACACCACCUAUUUGUUUAAAUAUGCUGGGUAUGAUUCAUCUUGACUCACAUGUUACAUCUGACAAUAAUUUCAGAGUGGAGACACAAUUUACUAAAUUAAUGGGCCAUUUGGACGUCAUUCCCAUAUUGGCGAGAGGCAUCAACAUAUAUCUACCGAUUCUUAUUGUAUUACUCUGUCUUGGAACAUGGUUUCGUCUUGGAACUCGUUUUUUGCAUUUUUUGGGAAUCGAACAGUUUGUUGGUAACGAUGAGUUCACCACUGAACUAAUUCUGAGCGGUAAAGCUCUUGUUACUCUUGAGAGAAAUAGAUUGAUGCGCGUAGUAGGUCGUGAACAGAGAGAUCAGUUUUGGGCAGGAAAAUUCCUUGAUAGAAGGACAGAAUUUUUUGAUAAAAGUGGUUCGUUUCGCGAAUGGUCUUUCUUAUAUUUCUUUGAUCUGUUAUGGUUGGCAUCAGAUUUCCGAAACAUGAGAUUUGCUGAUAUAAUCAGAAAUAGUCCUCAGUUUCCUGAAGUAAGAGAAUAUAGCGAUCGGGAACCAAUUAUGGCUGCUGAUGAUGUUGAAGAAUACUCGAAUUCCCAUAGCAUUAAUGUGAUAAAAUAUGGAUUACCUGAAGCUCAUCCUUCUCCAAAUAUGUUUGAUGAUCUUUAA